CUGGCUAUUUCUCAUUCUUCGCUGUCUCUUUCUCUAACCAUCCGUUUUAUUUAUUAAUUUUCCUAAAAUACAAUUCUUUCCCCUUAAUUGCCAAUCAUCGUCUCUCAGUUUCACAUAAUACAUUGACACAAGCGCCAUUCUAUUCUGCAGACCCGCUCUGCUCAUUCCUUUCCUCAAUCUGCUCAAGCCUUUGAUACAGUGGACUUCAUUUCUGCUCUUCCUUCCCCAUUUCACUCCUCAUUCCUAGAAUGCAGCAGAAUUCUAGGAAUUCCAUGAAGAGGCUAGUAGUCAUCCUUUUGUUAUUGGUUUUGAAUGAGAGUAUAGAACAAACCCAAGCUCAAAUACACGGCGAAUGCAACUUUAUCAAACCUUUGAAACCCAGGCCUCACAGAGCAUCUGUAUUGGACUUUGGUGCGGUCGGGGACGGGAAAACAUUAAACACGGUCUCAUUUCAGAAUGCAAUAUUUUAUCUUAAGUCAUUUGCUGACAAAGGUGGUGCUCAGCUCUAUGUUCCAGCUGGGAAUUGGCUGACUGGAAGCAUCAACCUUACCAGCCACCUUACACUCUUUCUGGAAAAAGAUGCCAUUAUUCUUGGAUCAGAGGACUACACUCAUUGGGAUAUAGUUGAUCCUCUACCAUCUUAUGGGAGAGGUAUUGAUGUACCGGGACAAAGAUAUCGCAGUUUGAUUUCUGGAAACGAUUUACUUGAUGUUGUGAUAACAGGAAAUAAUGGAACUAUCGACGGCCAAGGCUCUGUUUGGUGGGAGCAGUUUGAUGCCCAUGCCUUGAAUUACAGCCGGCCACAUCUAGUAGAGUUUAUUAAUUCUAGUAAUGUUGUUAUAUCAAACUUGACCUUUUUGAAUGCCCCUGCUUGGAACAUCCAUCCAUCGUAUUGCAGCAAUGUGGUUGUUCAGAACAUAACUGUUCAUUCUCCUUCCAAGUCACCUUACACCAGUGGCAUUGUUCCAGAUUCUUCGGAACAUGUGUGCAUCGAGAACAGCAACAUUAGCAUGGGCCAUGAUGCGGUCGUUCUCAAAAGCGGGUGGGAUGAGUACGGCAUUGCCUAUGGUAGACCAACGACAAACGUCCACAUUCGUGGGGUGCGCUUAAAGUCUACAGGAGGAACAGGAAUGGCCAUUGGUAGUGAGAUGUCCGGCGGCAUCUCAGAUGUAUUAGUGGAGAACAUUUACUUGCACGACUCUUCAGUGGGGAUUGAGCUGAAGACUGCCAGAGGAAGGGGUGGUUAUAUAAUGGACAUUCUAUUCACCAAUAUAGUGAUGGAAAAUGUUAAGUUGGGAAUCCAUGCCACAAGUUACUACGAGUCCCAUCCAGAUGACAACUUUGACCCUAACGCGCUCCCCGUGGUAAAAAAUAUUACCUUUGUGGACAUAAGUGGCACAAUUAUCUCCAUAGCUGGAACUUUCAAGGGAUUACCUGAAUCACCCAUCACUUCAGUGUCCCUUUUGGGUAUUGCCUUCACCAUCUCAUCUAUUUCCCAAUCAGACCCUUGGAUAUGCUCUAAUGUUUCUGGUUUCUCAUCUGAUGUGUCACCCGAACCGUGCCCAGAGCUUCAGAACCUGCAAGACACAUUCAAUCAAGUAGCAGUCAUGUAAACCAUUUACAUAGAAACUUAUUCAAUGCAUUGAAUCUCAGGGAGACAGACACAUUCUUUGCUGGUGUAUAAUUUUCAAAUAAUUGCAGAAGGCAAGUUCAAGCUUCAAGCAGGUAUAUUUGUCAGAAAUCGGAUUGUAUCAUCUUCUGUACAGCAUUGUUUUAUUUCAUCAUUUCAUGUGUAAGAAAAGUUUUGGUAGUGCAGUCAGUACAUUAUUCACAUUUUUUUUAAAUUUCUGCUCCAAUCUUACAUUUGUAAAUUUGGGCAUGGAAACUGCUCGUGAUUGUACCGUUUUUGUGCUGUGAAAGGUGUUGCUCCAAUCUUGGAAUAAAAAUUUUAAGCUGUUUGAUUAUAACAGGAUUUUGUUGUGACAAUUAUUAA